AUGCCCGAGAUUCAUGCGUCUGUGUCGCAUACAUGUGGCUCUCCUGUCAAGAACUCUCCAGUAAUACGGACUGGCAUACGCUAUUUCACAAACAUUCGCAGUCCAAUGAAGCUGCCACGGACCUGGGAGACUCACAGGACAUUGAAAACAGCGGCUGUCCAUAAAAGGUUACUCGAAGCUGAGGAUAAGCACAUGGAGAGCGCAUUGUUAGGCUCAAAACGCAUGAAAAUAUCUACAAUGGCCAAAAUAAAGGCACCAAGUGAUCAUCUUUGUAACUUUCAAGCCACCGUAAAUGCUUUACAGACGUCGAAAGAUGACGACGACAGCUACACAGAUAACAUGGAUGGAUUAUGUCGUCAAAAGAAGGUGGCACAGUGCCUCGAACAGGAUCUGCUUCGGGAUAAUGCUCGAAUGAGGCUUAAGGCUAUUAGCUUAAAAGACGAAGUCGACUUUUACUACGAAAUCUUGGCUAGAAUUGAAUUACUUGCGGCUCAGCAGCGGCUAGAGAGCGGAGAGAAAAGUAAACAGGUUUCAAAUCUAUUAAAGCAGAUACACCGUGUCAUCAGUGCUCCUAAGCCGGUGAAGGAGACUAUGCAAACGACUAAUCAUAGUUGUGCGAUCAACAAGUAG